CAGCUCUUCAAGGUUUUGUUCAAAACUCUUAUCAAAAUGAAGUGCAUCGUCGCAGUACUUUGCUCGGUAGUUCUGGCUUUGGCCGUUCAAGCUUACCCAACGGAGGUGGACAGCUACAGCAAAGCCUGGCCCGUCAGCAGCACCGUUUGGCCAGCUUACGGAGGCCUGUAUGGUAAGUCUGCCUAUCCGGCUUGGGGUGGUUGGUCGGCGUGGCCAGCCUACGGAAAGAGCUGGGCUUAUGGCGCUCCAUUGGCGUACAAUGGAUUGUGGAACUACGGUGGCAUUGGUUAUGGACAAUACUGGUGAAUUAAAAGGAUGAAACUGGAACUGGCAAUGGAAUUAUUACUCGUGGUCAAUGAAUUGUUUUUGAAUGUUGGAAUAUAGUUUUUUAAAAAGUGCAAUAAAAUUUUGAAAAAAAUAUUGAAGUUAUUCUACAACAUAGAUAUUCUGCCUAUCC